AUGAAUGGAUCUAACCUUCAAAACUCAAAUGAGAAUCAAAUUCCUAAACCUUCAACCAUAAUCAAUGCUAACAUUAAAUUAGAAGAAGAUAUUUCAAAACAAAAUACUCAUGAUAUGAAUCCAAGAGAUCAAUGGGAAAAUAGUAUUGAGAAUGAUCGUCCUACCAUGGAAGACGAUAAAUUAAAAACCAAUUUGAAUUGGUCAUGGAAAGAGCUUGGCAACAAACAAUAUCAAGAAUGUAUUGCACCAAAUAGUAGUCUUCCUGAACUUCCACCUGAAGACACAACCCCUUUAAACCAACAACAAAUUGAUGAGAGAUCUGGGUGUGUUGAAGGUGCAAGUGAUAAUAAUAAUAAUGAUUAUAUGGAAUCAGAGGAAGGAAUUUUCUAA